GUGUUCAACAGGAUCUAGAAUGUUUCUAAACGUAGUUUUAUUGAUUGGUGAAGAUGGAGGUGCUAAUUCCUGAUGAAAACGAGGUGAGAAAAUAUGCUACUAAUGAAAUAAAUAAAAGACAAAAAGUCACAACUUGUGUUCUUGGUUUUGGAAGAAAGAGAAAGGUCCAAGAGCUUAUUGAUUCUCGAAAACGGGAUGACCAGGAGUCAUCAAUGAAAAGGACAAGAAUUCCUAUCAAGAAACACUCUCAUUGUUUGCAAACUAAAGAUUUUCAUGGUAGGAAUAUCAUGCAAAAUCGUGCCAUUGUCUCCAAGAAUUGUUUUUCUGAUGACUUGAUGAAAGGAAGAGAUGUAAAUACAAAAAUAGAUGCUGGGUCAACUCGAAAAGAUAGAAACUUGAUCAAGAAAUGCGGGGCUCAUAGAAUCAAAGGCCUGUAUGGGAGAUCAAAAUGCUCAAUAAGCAAGAAAACAUCUUUGAAUUACGAAAAUGAUGUCGGUGACUUUGAUGAGGACUAUAGAGAGGAAGAAGACGAAGAUGAUUAUGGGUUCACUCCAUAUCCAUCACGAAGAUCUAAUGCUUCAAAAUACAACCGAAAAAAGGAUCAAGAUCCCAUCAUUCCAGAUGAGAAACUAACCUCUGAAGUUGAAGAUCAAGAUGAUGGUGAAAUUGAAGUGAACUAUAAAGACGCAUUUUUAAGGUCAGUAGAUGAGCUGAAUGGUAUAGAGAGAAAUGGAAAGGAGCCUUAUAAGUGUCACCAAUGUAAGAGAACCGACAGAAAAAUCGUUGUUCCUUGCACCAAGUGUAAAGAAAAGUUAUAUUGUACCCGGUGCAUCAAGCAAUGGUAUCCUCAAUUGUCAGAAGAAGAAAUCGCGGAGCUAUGCCCGUUUUGUCGUGGAAACUGCAAUUGCAAUGUGUGCUUAUACUCGAACAUUAAGAUGCCAAAAAUGGACUUUGAUGAUGAUGUGAAGUUGCAGCAUCUUCACUAUCUAAUCAACUCACUCCUUCCGUUUUUAAAACAAAUUCGGGAAGAACAAAUGGAGGAGAUAGCCAUGGAAGCACUUACUGAAGGGGUUUCACAGUCUUCAAUCAAAAUAGAGCAGACCAACUGUAGCAAUGAUGAGCGCGUCUAUUGCAACAACUGCUCCACAUCAAUCAUUGAUCUUCAUCGAAGUUGUUCAAAAUGCUCAUACGAGCUCUGUCUUAGUUGCUGUCGUGAAAUACGAAAGAAUGGCUCUCUUGAUCAAAGAAAAGUUGAUUUCGGGUACUACUACUAUAGAGGUUCCGACUAUAUUCAUGGCGGAGAUCCGCUACCAGCCACUGUUCAUGAGAAUAGUUCAACUAGCCAAUCUGGUUCUGCUACAAAAUGGGUAGCUGAAAAUGAUGGAAGGUUAUGUUGUCCUCCAAAAGAAAUUGGCGGAUGUGGGAAUUCUUUAUUGGAGCUCAAGCGCAUCUUACCAGAAGGUUGGAUCUCAAAUCUGGAAGCAAGAGCGGAAUGUGUGUUGAAUAACUUGAGAAUUGAUCAACCAAAUCUUAUGUCAUUUUCAUUGGAAACUAGCGGUGAUAUGUAUUUAAGAGCAGCUAAUAGGGAAGGAUCGGACGAUAACUACCUAUAUUGCCCUGCAUCCAAAGAUGUCUCGAAGAAGGAGGAGUUCAUCCGUUUUCGUCAUCACUGGGCUAAGGGAGAACCAGUAAUUGUCAGGCAGGUCAUGGAGCAGACAACUGGUUUAAGCUGGGAGCCGAUGGUUAUGUGGCGUGCAUUAUGUGAACAUGUGGAUCCUAACGUCACUUCAAAGAUGUCGGACGUGAAAACCAUUGAUUGCUUGGCUGGCUGUGAGGUUGAAAUUAGCACUCGGAAGUUUUUCAAAGGUUACACUGAAGGAAGACAAUAUUUAAAUUCGUGGCCUGAGAUGUUGAAGCUGAAGGAUUGGCCCCCGUCUGAUAAGUUCGAGGACCUUCUUCCACGCCAUUGUGAUGAAUUCAUUAGUGCAUUGCCUUUCCGAGAAUACACUGAUCCAAGGAUGGGAUUUCUUAAUCUUGCUGUGAAGUUACCACCCGAUGUUCUGAAACCCGAUCUCGGCCCAAAGACAUAUAUUGCAUAUGGAAUGGACCAAGAACUUGGAAGAGGGGAUUCUGUGACCAAGCUUCAUUGUGAUAUGUCGGAUGCGGUGAAUAUUUUGACACACACCAUGAAAGUAUCAAUUAGCAAUGAGCAGCAGUUAGCGAUCGAAAAGUUAAAGAGAAGACAUCGGACUCAGGAUGAAAGAGAGAAGAACGGAAAUCUUGUUCGAUGUGGUAAUGGCUUUAAUGGAGGGAAAGACGAAUCUAUCUCUUCAAACGAGAAUAUUGUAAGUGAAAGGGGAGUUUCGUCUUAUGAUCUUCCUCCACAAGAAGAUACGAAGGAAACUGGUGGUGCUCUUUGGGAUAUAUUCCGGAGGGAAGAUGUGCCGAUGCUGGAGGAGUAUUUAUCUAAGCACUCCAAAGAAUUUCGACACACCUAUGGUUGUCCCGUUAGUCAGGUUUAUCACCCUAUUCAUGAUCAAGCAUUUUACUUGACUUUGGAGCAUAAAAGGAAGCUAAAAGAGGAAUAUGGUGUAGAACCAUGGACAUUUGAACAGUGGGUGGGAGAGGCAGUUUUCAUUCCGGCCGGAUGUCCACACCAAGUGCGAAAUCUCAAAUCGUGUACAAAAGUUGCGGUGGAUUUUGUUUCUCCAGAAAACGUACAUGAAUGCAUCCGAUUAACAGAUGAGUUUCGCAAGCUUCCAAGUGGUCACAAAGCCAGAGAAGACAAACUAGAGAUAAAGAAAAUGGUCUUGAACGCUAUGGAUAAAGCGCUUGCCGAUUUCGAGGAGUUGAUGCAUGCACGCUAG